UCUUUUCUUCAUUUCUCCAGGACUUCCACCGUAAGGAAAGGAGCCUCUGGAUCCACAUCCUCUAAGAUGUUUAUAUGGACCAGCGGCCGGACCUCUUCAUCUUACAGACACGAUGAGAAAAGAAAUAUUUACCAAAAAAUCAGGGACCACGACCUCUUGGACAAAAGGAAAACUGUCACAGCACUGAAAGCAGGAGAGGACCGGGCCAUUCUCCUGGGACUGACCAUGAUGGUGUGCUCGAUCAUGAUGUACUUUCUGCUGGGAAUCACACUCCUGCGCUCAUACAUGCAGAGCGUGUGGACCGAGGAAUCUCAGUGCACCUUGCUGAAUGCAUCCAUCACAGAAACAUUUAACUGCUCCUUCAGCUGUGGCCCUGACUGCUUGAAACUCUCUCAGUACCCCUGCCUCCAGGUGUACGUCAACCUGACUUCUUCAGGCGAAAAGCUCCUUCUCUACCACACCGAAGAGACGAUGAAAAUCAAUCAGAAGUGCUCCUAUAUACCUAAGUGUGGAAAAAAUUUUGAAGAAUCCAUGUCCCUGGUGAGUGUUGUCAUGGAAAACUUCAGGAAGUACCAACACUUUUCCUGCUAUUCUGACCCGGAAGGAAACCAGAAGAGCGUCAUCCUAACCAAACUCUACAGUUCCAAUGUGCUGUUCCACUCACUCUUCUGGCCAACGUGUAUGAUGGCUGGGGGUGUGGUGAUCGUUGCCAUGGUGAAGCUCACACAGUACCUCUCCCUGCUCUGUGACAGGAUCCAGCGGAUCAAUAGAUAAAGGCAAAAUGGACGAGAUCGUUUUCUUUAAAGCUCAAAUACUGUUUUCUUUCAUUCUUCACCAAAGAACCUUAAGUUUGUAAUGUGCAGUCUAUUAUGAGUUCCUUAAUAUAUUCUUAUACAUAGAGCAAUAAUGCAAAAGCUGUUCUAUAUGCAAACAUGACGUCUUUAUUAUUCAGGAGAAGAAAUACUGUUUUGUGUUGGUUGGUUGUUUUCAUAAUCUUGUUUCAAUGCUGGAACUAGUGCUUCCUUCUCUCAUUCCACCAAAAUAGGGCUCAGUUAUUCAUUUUCCAAGGUUUGUGGAGAAAGGUAAACAAUAUCAAUGUGAUAAGGUCUGUGUUGAAGACAUUUCUGCAAUAUUUUUCAUCAUUCAUUGUUUACUAGAGCUGCAGCCAAAAAUACUGUUUUUCUUUUCUUAUUCUGAACUGAGCCCCACAGCACGUGAAGGGACCAGAUUUCCUAACUAAAAGAUGUUAACACAUUUUUUCCUGUGUUUCUACCAUAUCACUGUAAAGAAGGGGGGAGACCCAGCCAGCUAUUUUCCUGUUAUUACUUUCUAUUCAUAACUUCAGAUUUUCAAACUGAUUUCCAAAAAAGAAAGCUGUUUUCAUUCACCAAUUCUAUCACCAUUUCCUGUGACUUAAAUGAAAAAUGAACAGAGCCCUUUUCCAUGUAAGACCCUGCUACUGUGUGAGGGGGAUGACACUUACAGGAGUCUCAUUACCCAUGAAUUGACUAAACGUGGAGUAGAUGCUCUUUUCCAAUCCAGGAAAGUCUAUUGUACUAAGAUAUUUGUGUGAAAAUCUUCCUUCCAUUUCAAUUGAACUGUUAGAUGGGAAAAUUAAGAUCCUACUUGCUGGUCAAGACUAGUGGACUUACUUCAAUGCGUAGAUCUACUGUGGCAAAUGAACAAGCUAGAGCAUUGCUCUUUGGGAAUUUAUGUUUAAGUUAAUGAGUGUGUAGUUUCUCUCUUUCUAACAUGUGUCCCCUAUUGGGAUUUUAAA